GAAAGAACAUCAAUUGAAAUAAGACCAGAGCCUAGUCAAUAUAAGUCUUAUUCGAAAGCAACAUUCAAUGGUUUUAUGAGAGACUAUCCCACAAGUUUAAGACAAAUAUUGGAUCCUCAAGAAUUUGACCAAAUAAUUCAAAAUUUAAAUAGAACAUCUCGUAGAAAAAAUACACCAAUACUAAAGGGGACUUAUUAUUUAGGAGUAUUUACUUUUGCAUUUUUCAUUGGUAUUCCAAUAAUGCUUGGUUGUUUUAUUACACAUAAAGUGGUAUACAAAAAAUAUUAUAGAAAAAUAAGAGAAGACUUAAAUGCUAUCCUCUUUCAAAUAAAUAAUGAUGAAAUUUGUAAAAGAAAAGGAAUUAUUUUUUCAUUAAGAGAA